AAAAAUUUCUUUUCAAACAGCAGUCAACAUUGUUUUACAGGUUGGAUCAUCAUGAUCAUGGAGCUAGCACAUUGAAAUUUGAUGUAUCUUCUCCAGCAUGAACCCCACGUUGGGUUCCGCCGUGAAAUGGCGGACGAGCGUGCUGCUGUUCAUACCGAUCCUGGCCAUAGCGGCUGUCGUGAUGACUUUCGUCACUGCGCGCGAGGGGCACUUGUCUGCUCGCAUGGCACAGAACUCACAGGAGGAUGGCUACCUGGCCAAAACUGACAAAGGCAGAGCAACGCUCAGGCCGGAUGGGGAUGGAGUGGACGAAGCAGUUGGUCAAUCUCUAACACACGAUCUGGAUCUAGGCAAUGAGGAGUACCAGCACUGGGAAGGCAAGGCCCUUGCCGCAAUGCGCGAUGGCUCGCUGAAAGACGGACGCAAAAUGUUCAAGCUGAUCCAGGCGUUCGGCUCGCUACUGCCGCGGAUCCAGCACGUGACGAAGAUGGGCACGCCGAGCGUGGACCAGUUCAGAAAUUACAUAGCACCGGCCGGCCUGCCUGUUGUCUUCACCGACAUGUACAAAUCUCACCCGCUCCGAAAAUGGUCCUGGGAAACCUUGAAAAAGCAGUAUGGACACUUGAAAUACGAAGACGUCAGGCAGGGAGCGCUGCACAAUGACACGUCUCAAUUCGGCAAGCGGAACGUGAACCGCGUGAGCGUCAAACUCAGUGACUUCAUUGAUCUUGUCAGUGGUGCUCGGAAAGCUAAAGGCAGCGCUGAAGAGGGUCUAUACAUUGCCAAGAAGCAGCUGCUUCCCAAGGAAGCAGUGCAGAAGGAGUUUCCCUAUCCGCCAUUCUACAGUGGCAAUAUGGACACCUGUUUCACGGAGCCCAGUUCCUGGUUUGGCAUGGCGGGCACCGUCACACAGGGCCAUAUUGACGCACGCGACAACUUUGCUUAUCAGGUCAUCGGUAAAAAGCGCUGGCAUCUCUACUCACCGCAGGACUUCAAGCAUCUGUAUUUCACACAGCUGAAAGGUGCACUGGAGUGGAGCAAGGCUCUGGGAGAAGUUCCGGUCAAUCUGAAGAAAUACCCACGCGUAAAGAAGGCACGUGAACUGACGGUUGUGCUGAAUGAAGGAGAGGUAUUGUACUUGCCACGAGGCUGGGUGCACAUUGUGGAGAACAUCACGCCGGCUUUGAUGCUCAACAUUUGGCGCAAGGGCCCACCCGAGUUCCUCGCGCCCUGGUCGGAGAAGUACCGGCAGGACAUUGCCAACAUCUGUGACAAGCAGACAACUUGAGCCGAGUCCACUGGAGUGCUGUUCUGCUGGCAAUGUGCCGACUACGAACAACCACUUCCAUGAUUAAUGAGCAUCUCUGCAAAAGCAGUGACCUAGUGACGGUAACUCUAAUAGUGGCAUCUAUGCAGUGGUGUACCGGUAUGCUAGCGUGAACCGCUGUGCUUGAUCGGCCAUAUACCAGCGCAUGAUCUCUAUGUUGUGGGUUGAGCAUUUCUCAUGCGUGCUCCACACGAGCAGUCUGUUCCAAUACGUCAGCUGGCUGCAUGGCAACGCAUUGAUGGGUGCUAAAUGAGAAUUUGGCAGCCCCAAUCAGUGCCAUCUCCAUUGAUACUCUGUGAUCAUUGAGUAAUAUUCCGAUAAUAACUUGGUUCGCUUGAUGCUUGACGUGACUAUUGUUAUGAUUUCGCAAACGUAGCUGGCUGUACACCUUCAAGUUAAGAAUGUGAUUUAGAAUCAUGCGACCAUUGUCCAGUGCAUGCCGGUGUCUUCUUUCUAUUCUUACCGCCCAGAAUCAUCCAGAGUUAUCUUCUUUCAUCUUCCAUAGCAAAGCCUAUCCCACCUUCUAGGAGUUCUGCUGAAUUGAUUGAAAAGCACGAUCUCCUGAAGACUGGCCUGACUUUGCUGCAUAGUACAUAAUUGCUUUCAUCAUUUUUGUCAUGCAGCUAUAUGCUCAAAUUAUUUUGCAGAGUUGCUUUCAUGGAUAUUAAUAAUUAUAAGAAGUAACUGA